GGGCGAUGGCUUUCGGAGUUUCCAUGUCAGCCUAUCUCCUGUUCAAUGCAAUGGCGGCCUUAACUGAAGAGGUGGCCUUGAAUGUGACACCCGCAGUCACAACCCAGCAAAGCAACUGGACAGUUAACAAAACAAAAGAAGGACCCAUAGCCUUGAAGUUCUCACACCCUUGCUUGGAAAACCACAACAAUUACUGCAUCAACGGUGCUUGCACCUUCCACCAUGAAUUGGAGAAAGCCAUCUGCAGGUGUUUUACUGGUUAUACUGGAGAAAGGUGUGAGCAUUUGACCUUAACUUCAUAUGCUGUGAAUUCUUAUGAAAAAUACAUUGCAGUUGGGAUUGGCGUUGGAUUAUUAUUAAGUGGUUUUCUUGCUAUUUUUUACUGCUACAUAAGAAAGAGGUGUCUAAAACUGAAAUCACCUUACAACGUCUGCUCUGGAGGAAGACGACUGUGAGGCCUUUGUAAGAAAAUUUCACAAGGCAUUUGUAAAAAUCGGUGGACCCAAAAUUGAAAUCUUCAAAUGAAUCAACAAAACUUCCCAAGCUCACUAGACUUGAACAUUACGGAAGCUGGGAUCCUGAUGAAAUGAGAGAAUGCGUUCCAGCAUUGGUCUUUGGACUUCGCCAUUGUUAGGUACCGUGGGAGCCAAUGGAACAAGCUUACAGUGACAGGAGUCACGUUCACAGCACUGCUCUGGGCCUGCUGCUGUCGUCGUGUGGUUGUCGUUCCUACCGCAGAGAGACUGAGCUCCACGCUUCUGACCACGUCAGAUGUGAGCUUUCCUGAGCAAAAGGAUCAGCCUUGCAGCAAGUCAGAGCGAUGCCAAGCUUGGGUUCCUCCUGUGCUUGCUACCAGUAUUUGCACCACUGCUCAAGAGACCUACUCCCAAACAUGCUGCUUUCCCAGUGCCUAAAAGAGUGUGGUGUCAACUGUUAGGAUGAGAUCAGUGUCGUGGCACCUUCAGUGAACCAAACAGGUGCCUGGAGUCUAAGCCAGAGACAAGGAAAUGGAAUGUCCAAGGCAAACAACACCCUACCCAGCUUGUGGCGACACUGUGGCGCCUGUAUGUGUGAAAUGUGGAAUAAGCUGAAGAGUUUCUGGUGACUGAAAGCUAUCUGGAUAUCAGGCUCCGAGCAGGCAGAGCAGUUUUGCUUCUGCGUGGAUUAUAAAAUGUUGUGCUGGACUCAUGGGUCCCCCGAAGCUUAUGGUCAUCGCUUCCUCCUGUUGGUAGUGGAAUUACCUGGUGACCAUCCAUUUAGACUGAAAUUCUAGAGUUCUACUAAUAAGUGAAAUUCUGCAAUUGACCUUGAAAGAGAAACUGAAGAAUCGGACACAGGAAUUUUUUCGUUAGCCAGCAGCAUGUGGAAACUUUCUUAAGCAUUCUGAGUACUUGAUAGCAGAUUUGCACACAGGGAGAGAAAAUGCAACGA